GUGCUCGGAGACGAAGCGGUGGAGCUUUUUCAGGCCGUACUGGCAGCCUUGUGCAAGCGCGAGGCCAAAGACAGGGAGCCAGUUUUCCGAGCUUGCCGCCAGCUCGACUCCCAUCUUCGACGCAUGCUGGCGGACACAGAUUUGAUCAGCUCCGCAAGCUCUGACAUUAGCUCCACGAAUAUCGAGGUGCGGCUUCAGAUCUUGCAGGACCUUCCCCUACAAGCAGCUGCCUGCGGCGACCUCGAGGCUUGCAAGAGCCUGGCGGGUAUUGCAGAGGCGUGGCUGCGGCAGCUGCUGGAGGCCAAAGAAGCCCCGGCUGUUGCCUUGGCGACUGCCUACCUUACGGCCAGCACAGUCAAGCACGCCCUCCUGAUCGCCAAGGAGGAGGAAUCUGCAGAUGCCGUGGGCGCUUUGGCCUCUUCGGCCUUGGCGACCAUGUCCAGGCACUGGAAGACAAUCUCUGCAAAUGAGAUCAACAUUCUCUUCCGUACGCCUGGUGACGUCUCGGAUGUUGCUGCGGAGGCCAUGAAGCAAGCUGCGCACAUCGAGGAUCCGCUGGCCCUGGCAGCACUACUGCAGGCUUCCCACGCUCUCCCGGACGUCGCA